AUGGAAUUGCAUGGUGAGUUUUCAUUCGAGGUUCGCGUAGGUCAACAACACCGAAGAACCGAAACAUUGAACCACAAAAUUGUAUACAAUGGCGACGAAUUAAGCCCAAAUUACACAACAAUAAUUCACAGACAGGUGAUUAAAGUUUUGUCUCCACAUUCAUGACAUACAUGCAGAGAUAUUACAUCGUUUUAGUAGUAAAUGUCCAAUCACGAUGCAAAAGAUACCGUAAAAUUCCGAAAAUAAGCCCCGAGGCUUAUAUUUUUCCAAGGCCCUUUUUGCGGGGCUUAUUUUUGGAGGGGCUUAUAUUCGGAGGGGCUUAUCUACGGAGGGAAAUUGGCGUUUCAAAAUCGAUUGGGCUAACCUUAUAGUUGGAAGUAAAUUUACCGUUUUUGCUUUGUUUUACUUUGUAUUUGAGGGCAAUUUUCCAAGUACAAGCCCCCGGGGGGCUUAUAUUUGGAGGGGCGAUUUCACGGAGGGUGUUUUUGCGUUACCCGUUUGGGGGGCUUGUAUUUGGAGGGGCUUAUACAUGGAGGGGCUUAUUUUCGGAAUUUUACGGUAUGCAUAUAUGGCGUCAUUCGCGCAUUCGCCCCGGUAAUGUAAUUUUAGAUCUGCCAAACUUUGGCUAAAAUUUUUCAUCUGUAGCCUUUUUUGUCUUUUUAUUUUAAUUUGGAGUGCUAAAGAGGUCCUAAAUCUGAUUUAUAGUGGAAUCAGGCCGAUAAGCGCAAAAAUAUAAGAAUUUGGAAAGAAAGUCGAAGAAUUUCCAGUUUGCUGCAAUUUCUGGCUGUAAAGUUUGAGGCGCCUUUAGGGUGGGCUCCUUGAUUGCUCCGUUAUUAUAAAAGGUGGAUUGAACUGUGACGACUACUAUUAAUUUUGUGAAAACAUUUUCGAUUUUAACGCGAUGGCUUCGAAACUCUGAGCACAACUAACAGCUAUCAUUCGGCAAUAAUAAUAUAGCCACGGCUAAAAGCGAAGCUCUGGUUAAUAAUACUUAUAAAUAAAAAAUGAAUUUUUGUAAUGCUAAACGGGAACGGCAAUGAAAAUGGCAUCAAGAUCAAUAGAUGUAAUUAGCAAAAAAACAAAUUUGCAAGUGCAGCUCACUUUUUUUUUCUAAUUAUAUAGCAAAAAAACAAGUUUGUACGUGCAGCACCCUUUCUUUUUAAUUAGCAAAAAGACAAAGUUGCACGUGCUGCACGCCUUUUCUUUGCUGUUGUUUCGCACGACUAGACUACAGUGCCGUUUUGUACCACUAAAACGUCAUACCUCCUAGUUAAUCAAACAUUAUUUUUAUGGAGAAAUUGUCUAUGUGCUUACCACAAAUUUUGUUUCCUAUGUUCAUGUUAUGUUUUCACUGUUCUCAUUUUCACCUUGCUGGCCGCCAGCAUUUCUCAUUUUUUUCACCGCCUCUAUGAAAUUUUCAUGUUUUUUCUUCCAACGAAAUUCGUCGCCUUGGUGUUCAUUCACUCGCUCUAGCUCUUUCUCUGUUAUCCACAUGAGUGUACACAUCAAAAAUAACGUCGAAAAAAACACGACUUUUUUUUUCUCUAAAAGUCCGGGUCAUUCCAAAUUAAACCUUGAGUUGCAUUUGGGUUAUUAUACCUGUUGAUUGAGUUAUUUUUUUAUUGUCGGUGUGCCUGUGGUGCAGACGGACGGGCUGUCGGGCGGACGUACGGUCACGUGACUACCAAAAUUUCUCGGAUGCAUAGGUUACCAAAUUUUCUCACCCAUGGUGCUCCGCGCGAGAGAGAGCUCAGCUAUCAAUACGGAAAUUCAGGGCGCAGAACGAAGACUCGAUGAUGUGUCAUCCGCAUGCGGACCAACAAGCCAUGUUGUGGUUAAACAAUAUUCUAAACAAAACACACUUCUACGAUACUAGGUUACUCCAUCAGCCUCCAGCGUCGAUAGUUCUUCAUUUGAGUAUCAUUUUGAAUUACAUCUAUUGA